AUGGAAAUAACACGCAGGACUUCGGUGCGUUUCGGCCCUCCUACCCAGGGGAGUAUAUGGGCGAUUGUCAUCAUCAUUGCUGCCCACUUAAACCUGGCCCUCGUGGAGUGUUCCCUGCGGACUACUGAAGUCUUCUAUCUGAGAUGGAGGGAGGAGUUUGAGACGAGCGCUAAGCAGACAGCUGCUGUCCAGAGCAUUGCUUGGUCUCUCAGCUGCUCCUGUGGUCUGAUCGGCGGUUUAAUGGUUAAACGCUUCGGCUGCAGAAUGACUGGAAUCGUUGGCGGACUGUUGGCAGUCCUUGGUGUGUUCGGGAGCGCCUGGGUACGCAGUAUCUACCAGUUGUACAUCACAGCUGCUCUAAAUGGCGUUGGUUUGGGAAUUCUUGUCAACGUUUCAGUGGUUGCAGUCGCUCAGAAUAUCAAACAGCGCUACAGGACAGCCAACGCCCUAAUGUACUCCGGCCGCGGAACGGGGAAAAUGGCAGCGCCACCUCUCGUCCAGUUCCUUCUAACCAGCUACGGAUGGCGAGGGGCGAUACUGGUCAUCGCUGCGAUCACAGCAAACGCUGUCGUCUUCGCUUCGCUAUUUCGGCCAUCUCGCACGCUCCGAAAGACAGAACUGGGCAACACGUCCCAAAACGAGCUUGACCGGGAAAAGAGAGAGAGUUCUUCGGUGCAAGAGGUUCAUCCCGGGCAAGAAAAUGAUGCUGAAGCUGACAGAGAAACUGAAACUCAUGUUGGUACACGAGAUGUUGAGAUGAUCGAUGCAGAGAUGCACAGAAGUGAUCAAAACAUAUAUUUAUGUGCAUACACUCCUAUCCCAACCACCAACGAUGAACUAAGACUCAAAGUCCCUCUUGGAAGUAGGAUAGCAUCUGCAUUGGGACUGGUUAUUUUCCGGAAGAGCUAUCGCUUUGGCCUGCUGUGCUUUCUUGGAAUCGUGUGCAUCAUUCCUUUCUCGGGAUCCGCACCCUUCAUCAUUCCCCGGGCGCAGAGUAUUGACAUCACGCCCUCUGUGGCUGCGCUGCUGCUCACGUUGAACGGCAUUGGUAGCCUCCUGGGUCGCCUUGGCAACGGGCUGGUCAUCAGCUGGAAGCUGUCAGCUGAGACUGUCUGCUCCAUCUCUGCAGCUGUGACUGGUACUUCGCUGUUCCUCAUGAACGCCGAUAGCUUCGUGUGUAUGUCCGUCGUUUCCUUCCUCCUCGGCUUGUCGAGUGGUGUGAUGUACUCCGUCUGCAUUGUUUUGACUCGGCAGUACGUUGGAGAUCUACAGUUUUCCGUUUGCUUUGGCAUCUACAGCACCUGUGUUGGUAUAGGGGCAUUGUUGGGAGGAGUGGCAGCCGGUUGGGUGUUUGAUGUUACAGCAAGUUACAAGGCAGUUUUCUACGUGCUUGGGGGUAUCGCAUUUGCCUGUGCCUUUCUGAUGUGUCUCCUCCCCGUACUCAAGCGAAUCGAACCAGGCAUAGAUGUCAAGUCAACUGAGCCGUGAAAACAAAUUCAGA